UAUUCAACGAGUACUAUCUAAAAGUUUUGCUAAAGAUUAUAUUCAACCAUGAUAGGAACGGCUGGAUUCGUAGUAUCUCUGAUGGUGAUACCGGUGAUAAUAUCUCCUUGUGUCUAUGGAAAAGAUCUCCCUGAUCACCAGAAAAGCCAAGUACAAAAGCUUUUGAAGCGACUUAACAAACCUGCACUUAAGUCCAUUAAGAGUGACGAUGGAGAUAUAAUAGAUUGUGUUCCAAUUAAUAGUCAACCAGCUUUGGAUCAUCCUUUGCUUAAAAACCACACAAUCCAGAUGAGACCGAGUUUUAUCCCAAAAGGUGAUCAUAAUUACACCAAGAAAGAUGCAAAGGCUAUAACUCAGGUGUGGCACAAGAAUGGAGAGUGUCCGGAAAACACUGUUGCUAUAAGAAGAACAAAGAAAGAAGAAAUCUUACGAGCAAAAUCCAUCGAGAGUUUCGGGAAAAAGACUCAUCAAAGCACCCCUGGAGGCCAUGAGUAUGCUAUCAUGGAUUCGGGGGACGGAAGGUUUUACGGGACACAAUUUGCAAUUAAUAUGUGGAGACCAGAAGUUGAAGUUCCCUCAGAAUUCAGUUUGGCUCAGACUUGGCUGUCGUCUGAAUCUGACAGUGGUAUUAACACCAUUGAAGCUGGUUGGCAGGUUUAUCCAGGGAUGUACCGUGAUAAUAAUCUUAGAUUAUUUGUUUACUGGACGGCGAAUGGGUAUCAACCAGGGUCAGAGUCGACUGGGUGUUAUAACCACGCCUGCUCAGGUUUUGUUCAGAGGAGCAAUCGUAUCACUGUAGGCGGAUCCUUAGCUCCCAUGUCACAAUACGACGGAGGUCAAUACAGCCUCCCCAUGCUUAUUUGGAAGAGCGGCGACAAUUGGUGGCUAAUGAUCAGUGACGAACUUGUCGGGUACUGGCCUGACAAGUUGUUCAAUUCUCUAAGAAAUGAAGCUACGAAAGUUCAAUGGGGUGGUGAGAUCGUAAACUGGAUGACCAGUGGGAGACACACUGACACUGAUAUGGGAAGUGGACAUUUUGCUGAUGAAGGGUUUAAGAAAGCGAGUUAUUUCAGGAAUCUUAUGACAGUUGAUGGAGCCAAUACUCUGAGGGAACCACAAGGACUUAGGCCUUGGGCUUCUCAUGGUAACUGUUACAAUGUUAAGCCAGGAAAUGGUGGAACGAGCUUUGGGAGUCAUUUCUACUUUGGUGGUCCUGGUCGAAACGGUAACUGUCCUUGAUAUAACGAGUGUGUUAAAAAGCCCUCUUAAGCAUUCCAAUAUCUUUAAUAUAUAAAUAAGGAAUGCAUGUUUGAAUAAGAAACGAGAAAGAAAUAUUAAAAUAUGAAUAUGGAAGUUUUGAUCAAACCUUCACCUUAUAUAAAGCUUUUGUCUGCCUAUAAGACUUUUGUACAUGUUCGUGUUUGAAUAAAAAUCUAAUGUUCAUAUUU